AUGUCGCGGCGCUUAUCAGCAAUCUUCACCUCUGGCCUAUCUUCCGAGGACAGAUCGGGUCCAGCCAGCGGGUCUGCCUCUCCACGACGAAUGUCGCCGACCGACACGCGCUCCAAGUCCCCGGGCAAGCUCUCCAAACAGCCGCCAGCCUACAACACCGCGCGAAGACCCUCUGGGCAGCAGUUCUUGACCCCUGCCGAGCCAACGCUACCGAGUCUCCAGCAGCUUCAAGAUGGCGAUGCUGCUCUUAUGCCCCCGCCCAGCAUCACCGCCGCUGGCUACCACGCGCGGAACGAAUCGCGAGACCGUUCGAGGCCUGGCACGCCAGGAAACUACAGCAGACCUGUGACACCGAGUAUACAGCUGCCCGACCAGCCAUCCAUCACCCCGCAAUCGCCAAAUGAUGCUGCAAAAGAGAAGAAGAAACAUUGGUGGAGCUCAAACAAGAAGAAAGACGAUGCAAGCAAUGGCCCAGUCGCCUGGAUCGCGGGACACCCGCAGCGAGUACCAUACGAUACAGAUGGGCUUAUCAAUCCGCAACCCGCACAAGAUCUCUGGGACAACACAGACGGCAACUGCUUUGUGUAUCUGUACCCUCGGACUUCUGGGCGAGGAGCGACGUUCAAGGUCGACUCGGCCGUAUUUGCUUCGUCGCCAGUCUUGACGAAGCUGGCAUUUGGCGACAUCUACAGCAAUGCAGCGGUCGUAUCUGGAGACCGAAGGCAGAUGCCUCUUGAAGCACGGACGCAACAUCUAUCUAUGAACGACCCUGCAACACCUCCAUUGAGCCCCAAACGUAACGCAGAAGGCACUAGCUCGACAUCCUCGCGAGACUCUCGUGGCCACUAUUCCCAGUUUUCGGAGGCCCAGGAAGCGCAUCUCUAUCUGCCCGUCAAGCUCAGUUCUGAUGGCGCAGCACACACACCCCAGGGUCCAACUUCUACAAGGCCUGAUGGUGAGAAGGGCGCUAUGGAGGACCUGCAAACGUUGAUCGACUACCGCAACUUCUUCGCCUUCCUUUGCGGACAGUCGCUUGUGGCGACCGAACGACGAAGCACUUUCUUCCAUAUCUUCCUGACCAUUGCCGGAAUCUUGAAGUCGUUCCAGUUCAGUAAUGUCGACGGGUCCACAUACGGCGAAGUUGCGAACUCGAGCUUUGACAACUAUAUUGAGGAACUGGGACUCGCUGAUGUCAGAACCAGUCGCGAAAAGACCAUUGAAGGUGCUGUCUUGGGUGAGCGCAUGAAGAAUGUCUUGCUUUACAACGAAGCCUUCACACAUGCUGUUGGGAAGCACAGCGAUCUCUUGGCGCUGAAGAGCCCCAAAUUCGCCAUGAUUUCUCCCAUCACCCAGAAUCGGCUCACGCGCGCUGCAAUGGACCUUGAAAAGCGCGUUGCGUCAAUCAGAUUGAUUAUGACCGACUUCGAUUUCCCUUUCCUGUUCUCAGGGAUCAUGAACUCCAAGACUUCGAUCGAACGAAAAGAGGGCGUGCGAUUCGACCAAUGGAAGGAGCAUUUCUUGGGCAUGCGCAAGUUCAUCAUGGGUAUGUACAAGCAGCGAUACGGCGACUGGCCGCCAAAGGCUAGCAGCAAGAAAAACAGCCUGGAAACCUCUGGCCUGAAUAGACUCGUGCUUCGGGAUGUGUACCAUGAUCUUUCAUCUUUGUACGAUCUUCUGGUCGACCGGAAUCACUUGACCACCCGGACGAUCGAUGGCGUCAACGAGGAUGGAGGCCGAGAUGAACCGGUUGUACGAGGCCUAAGAGCUGUCCUCUCGGAAUAUGAUCGUUCCUCACCCCCGGUGAAGCCUCCGAUGCCCUUCGACUUGCCUAGACUCCCAUCCUUGAAGCACACGCGACCCGAGUUCGGACAGGAUGCCAAGAAGGACGCCAAAGCUAUGCAGAAGAAGAUCAAGGACGACGAGCUCCAGAAGCUGUUGCGGUCAAGCUGGAACGACGAUGCAAGAGUUACACCUUUCGUCGAUGCCUUCCGAGAGAUGGAGAAACGUGCUGCUCAUGGCUGCACGAUGCACGAACUAGAAGACAUCCGGAUAGGACAAUGGAUCUUCAUGUACACGGUUCUCCAAGCUUUACCCAUGUUGGCUUGUGACGCGCCUGGACUGAAAUGGACAAAAGCUGUGGAGUACUUCCUCUGCGAACCACCUCGUUCCGGCGUGCCUUGGGCCAACCCUAACGCCGCUGGAGCCGGAGGCAAUCGCAGGACAUGGUUCUCUGUCGGCGGCGAAGGCGGUGGAGUUGUGAGUCUACCUUCAGACAUCGUCGAGCACGGUGUUGAGGGUAUAUACCGUCGAAGCCACUGCUGGGAGAUGGCUGAGAAGUGGUGUGCGUCCAAUCCUAUCUUGAGUGCUGCUUUGAACAUGCAACAACAGAGCAAUACGGGCGCCGAAUAUGAUGACCCGCUUCCGGCGCCGCCUUCAGGCAACGAUCUCCUUCGGCCAGACAGCCGUACCAGCAAUCGUAGUGGCACGAGCAGGGCUAGUAAGCGGUACUCGUCGUUUGGACUGGGGCUGGAAGCUCUGCCACUUCCUGCCGGUGUUACGCCUGAUGGCAGCGCGCCGAGUCCUAUGGAAAGGCCAAGAACUCCUGCGCAUUCUGUUGAUACCAGCAAGACGUUUGACUCGAUCUUGGGUGGCACAGAUGUCAAAAAUGCCAAGGGAAAGAAGAAGAAGUGA